UUGGGCGCCUAUACAGUUAUUGCUGUUAGCCGUGAACGCCAUCUUGGAUCUAGAUGGUUUUUAAACGGGGAAAACAGGAAAAGGGACAGGAAAAUAGAUACUUUCGUUCUUAUUUAGUAAUUUCCCCCACUGGCUGAUGAUGAAGAAACACGAGUCAUGACGUCGCCUCUUUAUUUGCUGAUAUAGUUCAAAUCGGUAAAUCUGAGAGGAAAUAGGAUUGUGGACUGAGGAAAUUACCGCAGUUUACUGUAAUUUGGUUUGUUUAUGUUAUUCAACCCGGACAUGGACUCUUCUAACCCAGACAUACCAGAUGAUUCUCUGGGUUUGGGAGCCGGUGGGGCCCAGGCAAGCAGCAGUGCUGUUGUGCCAAAAGGGUCCAAUAAGAGGCGAGCUUCGCCAGACUUUGAUGAUGAUGAUGAUGAUGGAAGCAAGCUCUUCAGAUCUUCUUCUCUGUCUUUGACCAGGUGUGAUGACGACGGAGGAGGAGGAGACAAAGAGCGAUUUGCCAGGGAGAACCACAGUGAGAUUGAGCGGCGGCGGAGGAACAAGAUGACUGCUUACAUCACAGAGCUGUCGGACAUGGUUCCCACCUGUAGCGCGUUGGCACGGAAACCAGAUAAGCUGACCAUCCUGCGCAUGGCCGUGUCCCACAUGAAGUCUCUGAGAGGGAGCGGCAACACUGCAGCAGACGGGACAUACAAACCAUCCUUCCUCACCGACCAGGAGCUGAAACACCUGAUCCUGGAAGCUGCUGAUGGCUUCCUGUUUGUGGUGUCGUGUGAGAGUGGACGGGUCGUCUACGUGUCAGACUCCCUGACCCCUGUUCUUAACCAAUCACAGUCCGACUGGCUAGGCUCCUCACUCUACGACCAGCUCCACCCGGACGACGGAGACAAACUACGAGAGCAGCUCUCUACUGCAGAGAAUAACAAUACAGGGAGGAUGUUAGACCUGAAGACAGGAACAGUUAAGAAGGAGGGACAGCAGUCCUCCGUCAGGAUGUGUAUGGGAGCCAGACGAUCCUUCAUAUGUAGGAUGAGAUGUGGUUCGUGUCCAGUGGAGCCCAUGUCUAUGAACAGAUUGAAUUUCCUGCGGAGCAGGAACAGGAAUGGUCUGGGUCCACCCAAGGAUGGGGAGCCUCAGUAUGUGGUGGUCCACUGCACUGGAUACAUCAAGUCCUGGCCCCCCACAGGGGUGAAUCUAACAGAUGAGGAAGCAGACAAUAUUCAGGGGAGUCGCUACUGUCUAGUCGCCAUCGGUAGACUUCAGGUGACCUCUUGCCCGAGCGACACAGACAUAAACAGCAUCAGCGUUCCGGUGGAGUUCAUCUCUCGUCACAACUGCCAGGGCCUCUUUACCUUCGUAGACCACCGCUGCAUGGCCACAGUGGGCUACCAGCCUCAGGAACUGCUGGGUAAGAACGUCUUGGAGCUGGCCCACCCUGAGGACCAGGGUCUGCUGAGAGACAGCUUCCAGCAGGUGGUCAAGCUGAAGGGUCAGGUGCUGUCCGUCAUGUUCCGCUUCCUGUCCAAGACCAGAGACUGGCUCUGGAUCAGGACCAGCUCCUUCACCUUCCAGAACCCCUUCUCUGAGGAGAUAGAGUACAUCAUCUGUACCAACGCCAACGUCAAAACCUCAACUCAGGACACCCUCACCCCCCCCUCGUCCUCGGGGGUGUCUUUGCCCCCCUCGCUGGGGGAGAGCAGUCCUAACUUCCCCCCUGUGUCCCACAGCCCAGGGCAGGUGGCUGCCAGGCAGUUGCAGCAGCAGCAAGCAGAGUUGGGGGGAGGAGGGAGAGAUGGUCUGUACGAGGCAGGACAGGUUACACUUCCACAGAUGCCUGUCCAGGCCGUGACCGCAGCUGGAACUGACCACAGUAAGACCAUGGACAAGGCAGAGAUGCACCCCUCCUUGUACCCCAACCCAGACCAGGCCAAGUUCCUGCCCUCCACCUCUGCCCCCGGAGUACCCAUCUACCCUCAGGACAACAACAACUACACCACUGCCAACCGCUCCAACGACACAUACAGCAGGUCAGUAGGGAUGGCCCCUCAGAUGGUGCAGCCAUCCCACUCCGCAGGCCAGAUGCUGGCUCAGAUGUCCCGUCAGAACGGGGCACCCCCCUCCAACAGCAGCCCCCUACAGGGAGGGGCAGCGGUGGGCUGGCCGGGGCCAGCGGCGGGGGCUAGACCCCUCUUCAACAACCAGCAGGUGGCGCCCCAGGCAGGGAAGGCCCUGUCUCCCCAGUUUGCCAUGGGGAGUUUUGUGGGGGGCUCUUCCUCCUCAUUUGGGGCGAUGCCCACCACUGCCGCUCCGACCCCCACCACGGGGGCUAACUACCCAAAUAUCAACCCCCGCGUCAGCCUCAAUACCAACGGAUAUGAUGGCUUGGGGUCGGGGCAGCAGUUCACCUCCAGGGCAGCGGAGGCAGUGUGGCCCCAGUGGCAGGGCCAGCAGCAAGCUCAGAACAGCGCAGAGCAGCACCCCCACGCACAGAACAACCAGCCUGACAUCUUCCCUGAUGUUCUCGCCAUGCUGGACCAGCCGGCCAACUUCGAUGACUUUGAGAUUCCCAUCUACCCCUCUUUCGACGAGUGACCCCACAUACACUCUUCCACUUACCUCUCUGUCUCUCAAAUGUCUCCUCUCUCAUUUGGUGCACUUUUGCUCUCUUUCUUCGCCUUUCGUGAUCCAAAGAGAGCAUGUCUAAUUAUCGGUCAGAUGAUUGCACGGCCAGGAUGGAGAGAGCGAGUUAAUCAGGGAAAAGAAAGAGUGAAAUCAAGUAUAGGUAUGCAAAUGCAGGUUCAAUAAACACGUGAAAGGGGGGUAGAGAGAGAAGAGAUUCAGGGUUCAAUGAUGGGCAAAUGUAAAAUGACACAUCUGUAGCCAGCACUGCCCAAGCUCCACAGCCAGUGGAUUGUGCUGCUCCACUGGUCUGUACAUCAUAUGGAUAGAUCAGUCCAAUCAUUCACUUGAAGUCUCAGGCAACCCAGGUGAUCUACAGCUUUGGGGGAAUAUGUGGGAAUAUAUAUAUAUAGGAAUAUUCUGAUCUGAAGCCUGUGAAUAUCCUCUAUCUGCUCCCCUCGCUGUUUUAGCUUAGCGACCCUUAGCAUGUUCAAAAGGACACUGUCCUCACGCAGGCUUUUUAAACUUUGGGCAGAUUUAUACGAACACUGUACAAACACGUUUAUAUUUGUACACAGUGUACAUUGACGAUGUCACCUAUGAAUGUGGUUAUGGUGGUUUCAGGUGGAAUAGAGGGGGAGAGAGAUGUCUAUGACUAGUAAAGGGAAGAGGGGGAUAUGAAACUAGAACCUGAUAUAUUCCUACAUAUACCCAGUAUAUAAGUCAAGUGUUUAUAUACAGUUAUAUGUCUACUGGAGGUGUUUGUAUAACUUUAUUGAUCUCAACCUGAAUGCACAGCAAUCCCAGGGUCCCUUUCUCACUCAUUUGUAUUCCUUCCUCUGUUGCCCAGGGUUACCCAACACACUCUUCCUCCUCUCACGCUCUUCCUCAAUCACCCUCCCAAGUGUGUUUUUUUCUACUUACACUAGGAAAAGGAAAAUGAAAAAAGACAUUGGAAAGCAAUAAUUUACGAGCAGGAAUGAUGUUAUUUUUUAAAGCCAUUCUUUAUUGUUGUCCUACAUGUUUUUAUCUUGAUUAUUGUUCUUGAAUAUGGAAAUACACAGGAAAUAGUAAUGAUUUGAUUGAUUGAAAUUUUCCCCAACUGAUGUUUUUAUUUUCUGGCCUUUUGAUUGGCUCUCCCUGUUUUGUAGCCCUCUCCAUUGCUACUUCGUGAUAGGUUGUUUUUGAUGUAUAUUGAUCAGGGCAUCUUGUUCAGGACAGAAAGGUCUUGUUUAGAACUGACAAGAUUCCUCAUUCAACAUGACACAGAAUCAUGCCAUGAUGUUUGGCCUGAAAUUCAAGUCAUCCUAAUCAUGUUCCAAACACAUGACCCAAUAAUCAAUAAGCAGUAGAUGUUGAUUGUGAGUUUGGCAAUUAAUACACUUUUUAUUUUUUUUGCAGUUGAUUCAAUCAAAGUUCAUCCUUAUCGAGAUAGUUUGACAUUCAUAAAUAUGAUCUAAAUCAAACACAACAUUUGUUUUCUGAAAUCGAUUGUGAUGUUUAGUAAGUCACUAUAACACUCUUAUACAGGGAAUUAAGAAUUAAGAAUUCUGAUUGGGCAACAGAGGGCUGUGAAUUUUAAGGUUCUGAAAUACAAAAAUUGUAUUGUGUAGGCCUUUCAUUUUAAGUCCGGUAAUGUAUACAUGUCUGUGAGCGUAAUUCACAGACAUGCCGAAACAUGUGAAUUGUAUGUAAACCCAUCAUGUGUCAAUAGUCACACGAUGGAAAUGGCAGUUUGAUGACUGUUGUCUUGUUAUUGUUUUAAACCACUUUGGUUGCUCCCUGUCCAGGUUUUUACAAUGAUGUGAGCUGCAGUUUAUAUAGCGCACACAGAUACACAAAUAUAGGAAUAUAUAUGUAUAUGAAAUGUUAAACAAGAGAAAGUGAAAUGUUUGGUUUUUCUGUUAAAUUGUUAUAUUGUCAAGAACUUGUGGGUGGAUAUUUGUUUAUUUUAGGGGUCGGGGGACUGUAACAUUUGAACUGUUCCUUUUGAGAAAUGUGAUGAUUGUACAACGUCACUCGUAUGUAUAAAAUGUGUAGGCCUAGUCAUCAGACCUGGGUUAUAACACUAUUUCACUCCUAUGUAUAAAAUGUGUAGGCCUAGUCAUCAGACCUGGGUUAUAACACUAUUUCACUCCUAUGUAUAAAAUGUGUAGGCCUAGUCAUCAGACCUGGGUUAUAACACUAUUUCACUCCUAUGUAUAAAAUGUGUAGGCCUAGUCAUCA